AUGCUGAUUCCCAAGGCCGACCGUAAGCUCAUUCACGAGUACCUCUUCCGCGAGGGUGUCCUCGUCGCAAAGAAGGACUUCAACCAGCCCAAGCACGGCGACAUUGACACCAAGAACCUCUAUGUCAUCAAGGCUUGCCAGUCCCUGACCUCGCGCGGUUACCUCAAGACCCAGUUCUCCUGGCAGUGGUACUACUACACCCUCACCGCCGAGGGCCUCGACUACCUCCGCGAGUGGCUCCACCUCCCCGCCGAGAUUGUCCCCCAGACCCACAUCAAGCAGCAGCGCUCCCACGCUCCCCCCCGCGGUAUGCUCGGCGGCGAGGAGCGUCCCCGCGGCGGCCGUGGUGGUCCCCGUGGUGACCGCGAGCGCGGCGAGUACCGUCGCCGUGACGCUGGCGAGGGCAAGGAGGGUGCCGCCCCUGGCGAGUUCAACCCCCAGUUCCGUGGUGGCUUCGGCCGUGGCCGCGGUGGUGCCGCCCCUGCUCCUUCCUCUUAA